GCUGUUUAAUUUUGCAUGUGAGUGCUUUCGAUUCAUCCUGACACACAGCAGCUGGCUCGCUCGCAGCUGACGAAAGCCAUGUGGGGAUCAUGUUGUGCAGUUCCAAGCACCACCAACAAGGAUGUGGUGAUCCCUGUCAUCCAGAUUCAGAUGCUCGAUGACUCGAUGACUUCAUUGCGGGGGCCCCUCUCCGCCAAUGCCAUUGAGAAGGCCGAGGUGUACGCCGCACUGGGCAAGGGGUGCGCGCUGGAGAAGUACGCGCCUCCAAGGCUGUCCUCUUCCGCGACUGGUCUCUGGUGGCCAGGAGGUGCCCUACUCGCCACCCAUGUCCGGGCUCGACUCAGCGCUGACGACCGACAGAACUUCCGGAGGAGGAGGAGGAGCCUCUGGAGCCGCAGGAGAGACGACCGACUUCGACAAGAAGAAGAAGGCACGCUCCACCAUCGUGGAAGUCUUGGACGAUGCGGCGCCCAUCGUCCGCAACCGCAUCAACACCGUGAGGAGCACGCAUGGUGACAUCGAGACUCGCGUUUACACCGCCAAGCGGGGCUCAGCCAAGUCGCGGGGCUCGGCGCAGUCAGGCCGCGCCACCACGCAGUCAGGCCGCGCCACCACGCAGUCAGGCCGCGCCACCACGCAGUCCACCGCCACGGCCGGCACAGAUGGCACACCACCGGAACCACAACGAGGCAGUGCUCGCACCAGUGCCAUCACACAGGAAUCUGAAGGAGGGCGUGGAUCCACCCAGACGAAGCGCUCGUCCAUGCAAUCCCGCAAGUCGACUCAUUCCUCGGCCUCAGCGAUGAUUUUGCAAGGCAUGGGCUUGGAUUUGAGGCGGCGUGGCAGAGGUUCAGUCAUCUCUCAUCAUCAUGGACGCGUCCAUGAAGACUUUGACCUCUUAGAGUCCCUGGGCGUGGGCGGCUUCGGCGAGGUCUUCCGCGCCAAGCGCCGCAAGGACGGGAAGUUGUGUGCGAUCAAGUCGGUCGACAUAGAGAAGACCGACCCAGAGGUCUUUCAGCGUGAGCUGGAUCAGGCCCGGCAGCUGCGGCAUCCGAACAUCGUUCACCUGUUGACUGCGUACAAGGAUGAAGGCUCCUUUUGGCUGGUGAUGGAACUGUAUCCUGGUGGUGACCUGAUGGGAGAGGUCUUAGCGCACAACUUCAAGCGUGGGGAAAUGGGAGGCUAUCAAGUGGGCAUCCCGGACGACCGCCUGGCUCGCUAUGCCUGGCAAAUGUUUUCGGGCAUCGCCUAUUUGCACUACCACAAGAUCGUCCAUCGGGACAUCAAGGCUGAGAACUACAUGCGAACCUCGGCAGACGAAGACGAAGCGGCUUUGGUGCUGAUUGACCUCGGCGUCUCGGCGAACCUGAAGACGACACCGGUCCUCGAGGAGGCGGUGGGGACGUUGACCACCAUGGCACACGAACUCUUCUUGGGAGAGUACGAUGAGAAGUGCGAUAUGUGGAGCAUUGGAAUCACGCUCUACAUGUGCGCAGUUUGUAUGGAGCCAUGGAACAAAGGCAAUCAGCACAUGUCAGAGGAUGAGAUGCAAGACUGUUUGGAGGAUCCGGAGUGGACUGUACCCUACGAUGAAAGGAGGUGGAAACUGAAGACUCCAGAAGUGUUGGAACUGGUGCAGCAGCUACUCCAGAGAGAGCCGGAGAAGAGACCUCGAGCACGGGAGGUGUUGGCCUCCAACGCCUGGGUCAAGUCUGGCAACGAUGAUGGUGCAAGCUGUUGCUUUGGCUGAGCUGCUCGUGCCACACUCGUGCCCGGCGCGGGUAGCGCGAGGGACGGCUGCCGUCUUCGGCUGCCUGACGGAAGAAGCAUCGAUGUCAGCAUUCCGCGCAUGUUGAUGAAUUGAGAAGCAUCCAUGGUGACAAGCCGAGCACGUUGGCUGUCCGCUUGGGAUACGGCAACCCAUUGAAGAAUGUUGACGGACUCCCACCAUGGCAUACUGCGCUUUUCCUUGCGCUUGGCACCGAUGCUGGAUCAAGCAGACAUUUGGUUUGCUUGAGCCAAAGUCGAAAUCUUCUGUUUACCCUGGACACACGCCUGCUGCUCAAAAGGGUAGUACAUUUGCGUGGUGCUGCGUGAUAUAUCUCAUGUCCCCUCGGCAAAGUCGGUUCAUGGGGUCGCCGGGUGCAGCGUCCGAGGAUCCGACGA